UUGGUUGAUUAGUGACGGACAUAAUGACCACGACGGAUAGUGUGUUGUUGUUGCUGUUCGUCUGCUAGCGUGUUCGCCUGCAUUUUCGUUGAUUAGACGCUUUUGUUAAUUGUGUCUGUUUUGAGGAAAUUGUUCAGAUUCAGCAACAAUGUUUAAAGUUGUGCUGGGAUUUUUGCCCUUGAUAUCCCCAUUAUGGGCCGAUGUGCGUAGCAAUAGCAAUGCUACCAACGCACAGCAACCAGCUGUAAUAGCCGGGAAUUCAGCGGAAGUGGAGCCGAUUGUCGCGGCUGCUUCUGGAUACGGAUACCAAAGUAAGCCAUACAGCAGUUAUUAUGGCUCAUCGUAUUCUGGCGGACUGUAUUCGGAUAGCCAGUAUGGUGGUGGAUGUUACGGAAAACCCGUGGGUUAUCGCGGUGAUCCAUCGUACGACUGUAAAGUGUUCGAUGUCUGCCAAUCAGACGGACGGUUUGAUCGAUUUUAUUGUCCGGAUUACACCAGAUUUAAUAACUACUUAUCAAUCUGCGAUUGGGCAGACAAGGUUGACAGUUAUUGCAAUCCGAUUUACCCGUAUAACAACGAUGACUACUCGUACGGAUAUGAAACCCGCUACAACGGUUACGAGAAGCCCAAAUACGGAAGUUCCUACAAACCGUCGUAUGAGCCACCCCAGUAUUAUCUGCCCAAAUUCGAAUAUCCAAAGUACGAGCCGGUUUACGCUUACAAGGAACCCCGCCAAAGUUCCUACGGAGAAUACAACAGCCCGCCCAAAUAUGAGCACCGUUAUGCGGACUAUCACAAAGAAUCCUACGCGCCGGUGGACUAUGGGAAGUACACUGAUAACACGUACAGCGCCGAGUACAAGGUUGGAUAUGACAAAGUGUACGAGCCUACGUACGAUUCACCGUACGUACCAAACUUCUUGACGAAGAAGUAUUAAAAUAAUGACUUCUUUUACGUGUGGGUAUACAUGUUGUGGAAUUGAAAGAAAGAUUGGGUAUCGGAUGUUCAGUAUUUCCAAAUUGCACCGGAAUUGGUGUUUGUUUUCAAGUGCAGAUAAUUUAUUUUAAUUUAAAUGAUGGUUUUUAGACUUUAAGGGGAUGUUGCUCAUUUGAUCGUGUUGUAAGCGGAAGCAGAAAUGUCCAACAUUAAAUUUUCCUUAUUCAACGAAAUAAAAAUGCGAG